UAUGCAGUGAUAACAGCCCGCUAGUACGAUAUGUCCUACACAUUGUUUAUCAUUAUUAUAAACGUUAAGUGAAGUUUAUAACCGUAUUAAAAAUGGCGUCUAAUGGAAGCCUGAGUUUUGAGAAUGAAUUGUUUUCCAAGUUUGCGUUUUAUGCUGCGAUAGUUUUACUGAAGACAUUAGUUAUGAGUGUAUGGACUGCACGACACAGGAUCCCGAGGAGAGUGUUUCCAGCACCAGAGGAUUACACCUUUUUCAAUGCAAAAUCGCCAACAGCAACGAUAGCAUUCGACGCUCAAGUUGAACGAAUAAGAAGGUGCCAUUUGAAUGACAUCGAAAACGUUAUCCCCUUUAUUCUGAUUGGUUUAUUUUAUGUCCUCACUGGCCCGGAUGUAAACACUGCAGUCCUGCUCUUCCGAGUAUUUGCCGGUGCCCGGAUACUACACACACUAGUCUACCUCAAUGGCAUUGGACAGCCGUUCCGGGCUAUUAUUUGGUCUGCUGGAUAUGGUGUGUGUAUCUUUAUGACGAUAGUCGUGAUAAAGGCUGGAUCGUACUAACAGAUUGAUAUGAAUUCGACUUUGCAUUGGACUUUAGUUGGGGUACAUCGCUGAAUCCGACCCACAAUUAGCUACUUCCAUGAUAGCUUAUUGAACCAUAAUGUAACAUUUCGAAACCUGGUGACAUUAUGCUAUUUUGGGUAUCAUUUAAGAGUGCUGCUCGAUGAACGUUAAUAAUAUGUUAAUUAAAUGAUCAAAACUUCUUUAAACUUAAAGUUUGUGUUCCCUCUUUAUUUCAGCUAGAAUCUGAUGUAAAAUGAUUUUUAGCAAUGUUUCAAUGUAUAAAAAGUUUGAUUGUUA